AGAGGUCUUCUAGCUUAAUAUAUAGUUCCCGACGCGCCGCGGACAUCUUGAAUAUUCCGGAAGCAUGGAAAGCGGCGAAGGGCGGAGGUGGUCGGUGGAGCGAGCGGCGGACACAUCAAGCGAGCAUAGACACUCUCGUACAAUACAAAAAUCUCAUUAUCACCGCAACUCGAAGAAGCGAAGAUUAAUCUCAAAAACUGAAACUGAAACCCUAAAACUCGACCCAACUCACAUGCCAUCUAGACCGAACCACUUCCAACUCACUGGUUGUUCGUCUCACACGUAUCAGAAGCACAAAAAGCAACACAGACGAAAGUCCUCGACCACAGACGCUUUUCGCAAAUGGGUUUUCUCUGAUCGUGAUUUUUCCAGUUACAAAGAUAAGGUUGUUUUUGUAUCAUACAAUAUACUAGGUGUUGAAAAUGCGUCAAAGCAUCCAGACUUGUACCUUAAUGUCCCUUCCAAACAUUUGGAUUGGGAUCGCCGGAAAAAGCUUAUAUGUAAGGAGAUCAUUCGUUACCAUCCAAGCAUUAUAUGUUUUCAGGAGGUUGACCGUUUCAAUGAUUUAGAUGAACUUCUGCAGAAAGAUGGCUUUAGAGGCGUUUACCUGGCUCGGACUGGUGAAGCUUGUGAUGGGUGUGCUAUAUUCUGGAAAAAUGAGCUAUUUUCCCUUUUGCAUCAAGAGAACAUAGAGUUCCAGAGGUUUGGCCUUCGUGACAAUGUUGCUCAACUUUGUGUUUUGAAGAUGGCCCAUGAUCAAUUGGAUUCCAGUGAUCUUCGAAAAUCAAAGGUCCUGCCUUCUCGAAGUUUACUGGUUGGAAAUACUCAUGUGCUCUACAACCCAAAUCGUGGGGAAAUUAAGCUGGGCCAGAUUCGACUGCUUCUUGAGAAGGCGCAUAAACUAUCACAAGAAUGGGGCAACAUCCCUGUUGUAAUUGCUGGGGACCUCAAUAGCCUACCACAGAGUGCAAUUUAUCAGUUCCUGGCUUCAUCUGAGUUGGAUGUCCUACGACACGAACGAAGAAAUAUAUCUGGGCAGAUAUGUCCAUUAAACCCAGCAUUCCGAUUUCAGAAUAACAGAACAGCCAGUUUUCGGAAUUCUGUUUCAAGGCCAUUAAUUUAUAGAUGGAGUGAUGAAGAAUUAAGGCUUGCUACUGGAACUGAAGGAGUAACUCGUCUUAGACACCAUUUACGAAUUUGUAGUGCAUACCAUGGAGUUCCUGGAAGUUGUAGAACUAGAGAUAAUUAUGGAGAACCCUUGGCAACAACAUACCACUCUAAGUUCAUGGGAACUGUUGAUUAUAUAUGGCACACUGAGGAGCUUGUUCCUGUGAGGGUUCUUGAAAUCCUACCCAUCGACAUAUUAAGAAAAACGGGAGGGCUUCCAAGUAAUAAUUGGGGCAGCGAUCAUCUUGCUCUUGUAUGUGAACUGGCUUUUGCUGGUGAUGCUUUUGGCACAUGACUUGUUUUUCCAAUCCAGUCUCUCAUUCCUUGGAGUUUUCAAAUUUAGAAUGGAUCAAAACUAUAGGUGGCAAAGUUCGACAUGACUCACCAACACAACACGAAAUAAGUGGGUUUGAGCUAAUCUUAAACGGAUUCGGGUUAUAAACGAAUCGAUACGAUUAAUUCAACUCUUUUGGUUAAUCUUGUCUUGUUAGGGUUGAGGGGUUUGAUCCGUAUAAUCCGAUUAUACCCGUUUAACUCAACAUGUCAUAAUCGUGAUUAUGAUAUGUGUAACACAUUAUGUGUUCCUUGUGAUUUUUACUUAAACAUUUGUUUUCAGUCUACUUGAGUUAUGGGGGUGUCUGAUGUUUUUCUUCUUGCUGUAAAUAUGAGUUUUGCAAUUAUUAUCUAAGCUUGUGGGUGUUUGAUGUUUUUUUUCUUGCUUUAAAUAUGAGUUUUGUAAUUACUAAGUAUUAUCUAAGCUUGUGCUUUAUAAUUUACCAUCUUGUAGAUUAUAGACUA